AACAAAUAGCAGCAGCAGCUUCAAAGAUGAGUCGCUCGGGAGCAGAAAUUCGCCGAAGUGAAAGCCAGCAGAAGGUGAUCCAAGACCGGAUUACUGCUAUAGAACAACAUCUAGGCCAAUUAUGUGAUAUAUCAUCGUCAUAUACUAGGAAAACAGCCCGGUUACGUGACAAAGGAGAUAUGAUGGCAAAACAAUUGAUGGAAUACUCUGAGUUUGAAAAGUGGAAUCCUUCUCUGAGCAAUGGAAUGACGAAGUUUGCAGAAAGCAUGUCUGCUGUGCAAGACUACCGAGAGGCUGAAGUGAAGAGACUUGAAGGCAAGAUUAUCACCCCUCUCAUGAAUUAUGGCCUCCUGUGCAAACAAACAAAGAAUGACCUGAAAGCGGCUUUUGCUGCCAGGGAUCGUGAGCAAACACAAAAGAAGAAGUUGGAAGUGACGAAGGCUAAAACUCCUGGGGACAGACAAAAAAUUGCACAGUUGGAAAAUGAACUUCAGAAAGCCAGCAUUGAUGCUUCUCGGAGUGGAAAGGCCUUAGAGCAGCAAAUAGACACAUUUGAAGCGAAGAAACUGAAGGAUAUGAAGAAAAUCAUGCAAGACUUUGUCACUGUUGAGAUGCACUUCCACGCUAAGGCCCUGGAGCUUUACACUCAGUGCUUCCAGACCAUUGAAAGAAUCGACCCUGACGCUGACCUAGAAGAGUUUCGGCAUCAGCUUCGACCCAACGGCUCCAUUCGGUCAGAUAUGGCUCGCUCAGCUUCUCAAGCGUCGCUAGAAUCUCGGCAGAAUUCCUCCGGCAACACGACCCCAAGGGGGAAUACAACACCCAGAAAGCCGCCUCCUGCCAAACCACCCACUCCUACAGACACCCGGAAAAAGAUUCCUGCCCCUCCACCUAUUAACUUACAAAGUGACAGUGAAGAUGAUGAUGAUGAUGAUGAUGAGGACGACUCUGAUGAUGAUUAUGACGAGACCGAGACAGAACCAGCAGCAUCAAAGAGAAGAUAAUGUCUUCAGUGGAGAAUAGUUUGUUUUAAAGUGUUGGUGUUUUCAAACCAAGCGAAUUCUAUGAAUUUCCAGUUUCUGGCAACACUUAACUUACUCUUUUUUAUCUGAAAAAACACCGUCCAAAAUUUGUUACUGAAAUUUUCUAUCGAGAGGAUAGAUCUGAAACAGACUUAAGCUAUUCUUAUUGAACACUGUUGUGCAUGUGAUGUAGUGAGGGACCAGUCAUCUAUUUCUUUCUGAAAAAAGAAUUUUUGAUGGUUGUAUCAAAGUAAUAACUCUAUUGUGAUACCUGAGAGGUAGUGCUAAUAUAAAGUCUGUGGCUGAAGAAAUACAUCCAUUAUAAUGCAUUUAAAAAUUCCAUUUUGUCUGCAGGACAUAUGUGGUGGCAGCACACAAAGACACAGUCACAUUUUUUUUUUCAUUUGCUUGUAUUGGAAAUCCGGCAAACAGCGGGGAUGGUAUUGUUGUUUGAGAAUGAAAAGAGAAACAUUUACCUCAUGUUAUGGUAAAAAUGUCUGCCAAUGUUACGACAUUACAUGGAUCAUAAAUGGCAUUGUGUGGUGUUGAGAGCAGUGAGUUACAUUUGGUCCAUUUUUCAGUUUUUGUCUUUUUUUAAAUUCUUGACUGGAUCCUAUUAAUGAUAUGUAUCACUAACUGAAUUGUAAAAUGGGACUCUUUUAAGAUUAUUAUGGAGUGCUACAUUUUUAUUGUUUAUGAGUAUUUAUUUGCUCACAUUUGAAUCCUUUAUUAAAACUAUUUCAGGGAAUCAUUUUCUCUUUAUAACAUUUUCAGGUCUAAAGUUUAAAUUUGAGUUGGAAUCUUUAUUAAAAGACAGAAAGGAUAAGGUAUUUAAAUUUAGACCUUUGAAGAGUGAUUUUUAUGGUUUUCUGGCUGUUUAUAAUGCUCUGACCCAAUUUUUUAAUGCAUUACACAGAAGACCCUAGAAUUCAUUGAUAUUUUAUAAGAACAAUCGAGACAUGCUAAGUGUGGCUCCUCAUGGAGAUUCAGAUUGAGUUUUGGAUUUGUGAUUACUUGACAUAAUAAUAAUAAAUGACAUUUAUAUAGCGCUCAACCCGAUUAAAGUACUCAGGGUCUGAGCGCUUUACAAUACAGUAUAACAUACAACAGUAACUUAAAACGUUGUGUUCUGACACAUAAAAUGUGGCAAUGCAUUUAAAAUCGAUGACUUAGAAGUAAUAAUAAUUUUUCUGAUUAAUGGGUUCAUAGGCAGGCCUACAUGCUUCUCAGCAAUCUUUGUACAUGCAACUAGGUAACUAAUAAUUGGUUUAACUUAAUUGAUCAUGUGGGUUUUUUGUGCGCAGACAUACUAUCCUUUUAUGUCGUAUGUUUAAAGAAGCUCUACUUUUGACCACUGAUAAAAUGAGAUGUGCAAAAUGUACACCUGCUAUAUCAGAGUUGUUUUGUUUUAGAACUUCUCCAACCAAGCCAUGUUAGAUUUAUGCCUCGCAUAUAUCUGGUCUGAUGAUUCAGAUAGGAUGCUGAAGCAGGUGUACCGACAGGACUUUUGGUGUUGUUGCAGCUCAAAAUCUUCACUCUUAUUGUUUUGAGCUAAUGGUAAAAGCUCUUUGUGAUAAUGGCCCCUGCUCUCUGAGGAUUGGGGCAUGAAUUGUUGGUCUUUGUCGAAAAGUGUAAAUCCAGCCCCUGUUUGCUGGUCAGCUGAAGGGAAGAAAAUGCUCAGAGACUCGGCAGCUACUUGUUCUUGUAACAGUUUGACCUUCUAUAUAUGAAUUGAAGUAUAGAAGACAGUGGGGUUUUUAAGGUUGAUGUGCAUAUGUAUUGACACUAUGCUUAUCUAAGUGUAAGUGAGGGACCCACUAACAUUGGUCAUAAAUCGCCCUCUGCGGACAUUUUCACUAUUUGCUACCAUUUUGUAGCAGUGUAGCAGGGACUCUCCAAAGUUUUUUGAGCGUUUUAAAUUUUCAAGAAACAUAGUUGUGAAAUAAAAUCUAAAUUUAGAGUAAGUAACCACUGAGAAAAAUGUGUAUAAAAUUUCAGCGUGCAUUUUUUCUUUUUGAGUUAUUGAUUACGUGCUGUUCUGAGCUAAGAGUGUACUGAUGAUAUUUCCUUGCUGCAAACAAGGCACUGCUCCCACUUUGCUCUUUGUUUGCGUUCACAAAACUUGCGCUACGAAUUUUGCACAUCACUUGCCUUGAGACAAAUAAUUGUAUUGAAUAGAUGAUCACUUCAUUGGCUUCUCAUGAAUAUAGUGUAGACUGCAUCAUUUAACUUAAAUUGGUGGUCAGAUUUCAUUAGCUACCCAAUAACUCCAGUUUAGAAGAUAAUUUUCAAACAUCUUUGUGUUCUGUUGAGAACUGGUAUUGACUUGUAUUGUUUGCAGACCAGCUAGUCAUUGUUGCGUUUGCAAACAUAUGCUUUAUAAAAGAACUGUCCAAAAUAAAGUGUGACCGGAUUUUAUUCUUAUAGAAUGUCAUGUUUGUUGUCUAUUAGUUUGUUAUUUUUAACAAAUCAGGAAUAGAAUAAUUUAUUUGUUUUUCUUUUCAUUUUGCAUUGUUAAAUAUGUGAGUUCAGGAGUGUGCAUGAGAACGUAAAAAAUUUAUAUUAGAAGUGUUAAUGGUAAGGAAGAUAUUCAGUGCACAGUGACUUUUUAAAAAAAAAAUGAAGAUGAAGAAGAAGUAAAAGAAAAGACUCUUGACGUUUUUUUUGUAGAGAAAGAUCAUGUGUUCUUAGAAUGGCAUAUACAGUCGAACCUGUGUAAGACGGAAUGGCAGGGGAGCCCGAAAAAAGUUUUGUUUUAGACAGAAGAAUUUUGGGGGACAUGGAGGGGGGUUCAGAGGCCCAGCUGAUGGGAUUAAGGGUCGCUUGUUUGGUAGGCGAGCAGUGGUCAAAACUUCACACCUCUCAAAUGCUAUCCUCUCUGAUAAUGGCAUUCAUCAGUCUUACUUAUCCAUUACCACAACUGCUUGCCUUUCUUAGGACCACUGACCUUCUAUUAAAAAUAGAAACGUUUUAACAUCUCCUUUGCUUCCACCCUUAGGCCCGCCCAUCGAUGCAAUAAGAACAGUCAAUCAAUGCCACCCCUCCCGUGCAUGUAACAAUGAUUUGAGAAACUCUUUGGUCAAGCUAAUUCCACACCUCUGGCCUCUGGCUACCCAUAAAAGGUUCUGUGCUCGAGCGCCACUCGAGCACUUUCCACUGGUAAGAUUUCAUACCCUCACCACUCUGACCGUCUGCACAGCUAAAGGCUCACUUGGAGGGGGUAACAUCUGCCCCCAAAUUGCACUUCAACUCCAUGUCCUGGCCAGGUGGCAUGGCCUAAAGGUCAAGUUAGAGCCAACCAAACCAAACUUGAUAGUUUUGUUCCAAAUCAGGGCUGAGUGAACAUUGUCUCAGACAUGUUUAAAAAAUCUUCCGAAGGGAGGGAAUUUCUUUCUGUUUCCGUGUAAGACUAGUUUCUGUUUUAUAGAGGUAAUUAUAGAGGAAUUUAUCAAGGAUGGAGCUGGGAGAAUCCAUUAUUACAGGUUUCCGUCUUACAUGUAUAGGUUUUCGUUAAAGCAGGUUCGACUGUACGUGAAAAUGUAAGCUGAAAAUGCAGUGCCAUGACAUCACUUUCGAAGAUUUUGUUGUAGGUAUAGAAAUUGGCAAUGAUAUUCUCUGUGAUGAUAAAAUGACAAAAGGUGCUUUUAUUUAAAUCUUGAAUUAUUUUCAUAACUGUAUAUCCUCAGGUAUGUACUGGGUGUGUGUUUGUAUGGUUUACAAGUAAUUUGUUAUAUUUAUAGGUUGCGAUUAGAACAGGCUUACAUUGAACAGUCAUUUAAAAAUGUUUGGGUUUUUUUUGGCACUGAAGCAGUGUUUGCUGUAGGAAUAAAAACAUUCUUAAAACUGAUCAGUUUUGAAGUCUUAGACUUUAUGUUUGAUUGAACAAAUUGAUGAAAAUUUUGUUACAUAUCUUGUUUUUUAAAAUUAGCUAGGCUACUGAACUUUGUUUUAGUGAACCUAGCAGACAAAAAAAAGUCUAGAAGUAUAACAUUACCUGUUUUGUUCUAGUGCCACAUAAUCGAAUACUUUUGUUAAUGUUUUUGAUUUAUAUACCCCAUUUUUGUCAUUCAUCUUAAGUGUUGAUGUUUUAGUUCAGUAUUGUAAACUUAUACCAGCAGUAGUCUGUUUGGUUAUUGUAUUUCUUUUUCUUUCUUUGUACUACAGGAUGACAUUGGUCGCAGCCAUAUGGCCAGUUAGUUACAUAAACACUUGUAGUUGGUUAAAUCUAAGAAGUACUUAACAGUCUUACACUACUGUUAUAUUGUUUGUCUGAACUUGUACAUUUACCAUUGUGUCUUUUAAAAUGUAAAUAAACAUGUUGUUAUCUC